UUCUGCGCAUGCGCCCUCACCUCGCCAGUCCCAAGAUGGCGGCCUCCUGUCGGUUGCUCCGAGUCUCCUCCGCCCGGCUGUCCGUACUCCGCCGCCUGUCCUCCCCGCCGAGCUCCGCCGCCAUCCGCAGCACCUUCCUCCGGUACUUCGAGGAGAGACACGGCCACCGUCCCGUCCCGUCCUCCGCCGUCCGCCCCCGGGGGGACCCCUCACUGCUAUUCGUCAACGCGGGCAUGAACCAGUUUAAGCCGGUCUUCCUGGGCACGGUGGACCCUCGUAGUGAGAUGGCGCAAUACCGCAGGGUGGUGAACAGCCAGAAGUGUGUGCGGGCCGGAGGGAAGCACAACGACCUGGAGGAUGUGGGCCGAGACAUCUACCAUCAUACCUUCUUCGAGAUGCUGGGGAACUGGUCGUUUGGUGAUUACUUCAAGGAGGAAGCGUGCCGCAUGGCGUGGGAGCUGCUGACUCAGCAGUACCAGAUCCCGGCCAAUCGCCUCUAUGUGACGUAUUUCGGUGGAGAUCCGGGGUUAGGCCUCUCCGCUGACGAGGAGACCAGAGAGAUCUGGCUCAGCCUGGGGAUUCCCCCAUCACACCUGCUGCCGUUCGGUCUGAAGGAUAACUUCUGGGAAAUGGGGGAGACGGGCCCCUGUGGCCCCUGUACGGAGAUUCACUACGAUCACGUGGGAGGCCGGAACGCCUCGGCUCUGGUGAACCAGGACAGUCCGGAGGUUGUGGAGAUCUGGAAUCUGGUCUUCAUGCAGUAUAACAGAGAGGCGGACCGGAGUCUGAGACGAUUGCCCCAACACCAUGUGGACACGGGGAUGGGUCUGGAGAGGUUGGUGACCAUCCUUCAAGGGAAACGUUCCAACUACGCCACCGACCUGUUCACCCCCCUCCUGGAGGAGAUCGAGAGGGGCUCGCAGGCUCCGCCCUAUGGGGGGCGGCUGGGCAGAGAGGACACCAAUCACGUGGACAUGGCUUACCGGGUGGUGGCGGAUCACGUCAGGACCCUCUCUGUGUGUAUCGCCGACGGGGUGUACCCGGGCAUGGCCGGAGCAGAGCUCGUUCUGCGUCACAUCCUGCGCAGAGCCGUCCGCUUCUCCUCCGAGAUCCUCCGAGCCCCUCCCGGCUUCCUGUCCACCUUGGUGCCCAGCGUGGUGGAGAUCCUGGGUGAUGCGUAUCCUGAACUGCACAGGGAGAAGUCUCAGAUUAUGAGAAUCCUGGAUGAGAACGAAGAGGCAUUUUUAACUUCCCUCCAGCGGGGGCGCCGCAUCAUAGAGCGCACUCUACAGCAGGAAGGUUCCGGUAAAAUAUUUCCCACGGACGUGGCGUGGUCCCUGUUCCGUAAUCUGGGCUUUCCUCUGGACCUUAUUGGCUUGAUACUGGAGGAGCGGGGCUCUUCUCUGGACAGGGCUGCCCUGGAGGAGCUGGCAGAGGAGGAGGAAAAGAGGAAGUUGAGGAAUCAGCAGGCAGAGGGGGCUGUAGGUGGUCUGCGGCUGGACAUCCACUCUCUAACAGAACUACAGCGCAGGGUGGUCCCGACUACUGAUGACUCCCCGAAAUACGGCUAUACCCUGGGGGAUGAUGGGAAAUACGUGUUCAGUCCCUGCCAGGCCACCAUCCUGAUGCUGUACAAGGACCAGUCAUUACACAGUGCGGUCAGCAGAGGUCAGCGCUGUGGGGUCAUCUUGGACCGGACCUGUUACUAUGCUGAGCAGGGGGGACAGAGCUCAGAUCUGGGGUACUUUGUGCAUGAAGGCGAGCAGGAUGUCCUGUUUCCGGUGGAGUCCCUACACCAGGCUGGAGGUUAUGUCCUACACGAGGUGACGGCCACGGAACCCCUGAGGGUUGGAGAUCGUGUGGAGCUGUUCCUGGAUGAGGCCCAGCGUACCGCGUGUAUGGAGAAGCACACCGCCACACAUCUGCUGAACUUCGCCCUGCGCCAGGUUCUGGGGGAGAGCGUGGCACAGCGCGGGUCUCAUGUCACUGCCGAGCGACUGCGGUUUGAUGUCAGCGUCACGGGGGCGGUGAGCGUUCAGCAGCUGCAGGAAGUUGAGAAGAAGUUCCAAGAGGUGAUUGGACAGAAUCAGGAAGUUUAUACUGCGGAGAUCCCACUCACAGAUGCCAAAAAUAUCCCGGGUCUUCGCAGUGUGGACGAGGUGUACCCAGAUCCGGUACGUGUGGUCUCAGUGGGCGUUCCCAUUCAGGAGAUUGUGAGUCCGGCCUUCAGAGCCGAUCAACAGACAUCGGUGGAACUUUGCUGCGGCACACACCUUCAGAAGACGGGAGCCAUUGAGGAUUUGGUGAUCAUCUCUGAGAAACCUCUGCUGAGAGGGAUUGUCCGACUUAUCGCCGUUACCGGAGAAGAAGCCAGAGAGGCACGGGAGACAGGACAGGUUCUACGCAGGGAAGUGGAUUCCAUCAUUGAGCGGAUGAAGAUGAUGACCCCUUCCCUGAACGACGCUCAGAGGUUGUCCAAGGAGGUCGGACUUGUGACGGAUAGUGUGGACAGCGCCUCCAUGCCCCAGUGGCAGAGGAAGGAACUACAGGCGUCUCUCAAGGCUUUGCAACGAUCGGCCAACACAGCUGUGCGGAAGGCGAUAGGGAGAAAGGCUGCAGAGAGAGUCCAGAGUCUGCUGGAGAGGCACGGUCAGCGUCCCGUCAUCGUGGACUGUUUGGAGGAGGAGUCUCUUCCGGUGCUGAUGAAGACGGUCUUCCUGCUGUGUGAGCGGUGCCCGGGCUCGGCGGUGAUGCUAUUCAGCAGGCAGAGCUCUGGGAAGGUUCUGUGUGCAUGUCAGGUGCCCAAGGGCCCCUCCCCUGUUCUCUCUGCCCUGGAUUGGGCGGUGUCAGUCUGCUCGGUGAUGGGUGGUAAGGCUGGCGGUUCGGAGGGUUCUGCCAAUGGAAAUGGAAGCUGUGAGAACCUGGAUGGCGUUCUGAAGGCGGCACUGAAAUUCGCACAGACAAAACUCAGCGACUCUGGACAUGACACGCGGCGGGCGGGAGAGAACUGACCCCCCCUGGUGUCCAAUUGGUGGAACUUGAGAGGUUGAUUGGGGACAUAGAGGUCAUGUGACAGAUGUGGACAUCACACAGGAGAACAUACGUGUAUUUUGGGAUGCUGCAGAUGGGGUCAUAGGGAGGAGUCAUGUCCCUGAACACAGCUGGGUGUGGUGCCGCCAUAUUGGGGGCCCAAUUCAUAGCCAGCCAAUCGGAACAGAAGGAGCCUCACAUGGUGUUAUCACAUCUCACAGUGAUUUGUGGGUGCACAAAGAUAGAGGUUGGCCUUCCACCCUGGGCCCUCCAAUGGGAUCUGACUUCAGAUUUACAUUACUGCUGUUGGGUGUGACUUUCACAUUAUUAAUGUAUGUGCUUUGCUGUUCCAUAUUUCCUAUGCAGAUACAUAUUUUCUUUAUGUAUAACAAGGACAGCCAGUGGCAUUGUUGAGGAAUAGUGAAGAUAAGAGGACCUGUCCAUGGAUGGAGUGCAAGAAGAUCUGCGCUGGGGCCCCUCUCCUUUAUAACAAUGACUAGAUCCCAGUGAUCUGAUAGGAACCCAUCUGGGUAAUAUUGAUCCAGCUGACACCAUAGAUGCCCCUUUGAGACAGGUCCUCUAUCAGUGUCCCUUUAGCAGCAGGUGGAAUCAUUGGCUCUAGAUGGGCCCCUGGCUGGUGUGCUGUAUCUUUCCAGGGGGGCAUCUGUUCUGAUGACCCUGGCGUGUGUUACCAUUUUUAAAACUAAAUCUGUAUUUAUUUCUUCUUUAAGGGGCCCAGGAAUUCAGAAACUGUCGGGUUAUACUGCCACCUACCGGAAGAAAGGGACACUGGCAAACAAACUGUGGGCCCAGUAUAGCCCCUCCUACUCCCAGUAUGCCUUAGUUUUGUGGGAGUGUCCAGGAGAAGGGUUGCCUUUUCUCUGUCUAUUUUUAUAAUAAUAAAAGAUGAAUUUUGGGAUAAAG